AUGGACGAGGCGAGAGCGACCGCCGGGAACUCCUCUUCCCAGGAGGACGACGACCCGCUGGGCGGCUACUACCUGCUGUGGAACCUGUCCGCGCUGGCCCUCUCCUCUCCGGAGGUGGACAACUCUACCAACACCACCGCCAACAGCACCCUUUUCAUCGUCGACUCCCUCUUCCCCAGCGGGUAUUCCCUGCCGCACAUCAUCCUCGCCUCGAUCGUCGUCACGGUGCUCAUGAUCAUCGUCGUCGUCGGCAACAUGCUGGUCAUUAUUGCCAUCGCGACAGAGAAGGCCCUCAAGAACAUUCAGAACUGGUUCAUCGCGUCGCUGGCUGUCGCGGACUUCUUCCUGGGUCUCAUCAUCAUGCCGUUCUCGCUGGCAAACGAGAUCAUGGGCUACUGGAUCUUCGGCAACUGGUGGUGUGACGUGCACAGCGCCAUGGACGUGCUGCUGUGCACGGCGUCCAUCAUGAACCUGUGCCUCAUCUCGCUGGACCGCUACUGGUCCAUCACGCAGGCCGUCGACUACCUGAAGAAGCGGACGCCGGUCCGCGCUGCCAUCAUGAUCGCUCUCGUCUGGCUGCUGUCUGGCCUCGUCUGCAUCCCUCCUCUGCUCGGCUGGAAGGUCGACCGGCCCGUCGAGGAGUUUCCCAAGUGCCAGGUAAAUGUCUGCUGUCCUGCUGAAACGGUGUUAACUGUUUGAUAUACGUACGUAUGACUAG